GGAACUGGCAGAGAAAACUGCUCUGCGUAUCAGUUCACCAAACUGAGAGAAAGGGGGGAAAAAUACACUGUCAAGCUGUCCGCUUCAGCAUAUUUUCACAAGGACUUCCUGUGACCGUGAGGUUUUGUUAUUUUAGAAACAGUCAUCGAGAGACAACACUGCAAGGCCAUAAUAGCCCCCAUGUACCAAAGCCACGUGAUGAGCGUUUUUCAGUAGAUUAAAGGAUCAGCUGGCAAUUGAUGACUGUGGAGUUGAGGUGAAUGAACUGUGGACUUGAUGCAAACAGGAGAAGAGGAUAGAUGCUUCCAUCGCUACAGGAACAAAAGGGAAGAUAGAGUCACAUCUAAAGGCCACGUUUACGUUUAGUUUUUAAGUUCGGAAUUAACUCAUUUGGAAUUAAAGGUUUGUGCUUCGCAUUUACAUGGAAAUAUUAAUUCCGAAUUAAGGUUUACAUGGACCGCACGUUUAUUUCCCUUCCUUCAUUCCACUUGGGGGUUGGAAGAGAUUCUGAUUGGACAGGGAGUGGACGUGAUGUAGCCCUGUUUACCAGAAGAAAACAAACUCCAUUUCCCGCGACAUUUCCCCAACAACAUGGAGGAACAACUACAGAGCACGCUUUUCGCUUUGCUUUUUAUUGUAAUUUUGAAACAGCAACUCAACAAUGGCGUAUUACUUCUGUGAAGAAUGUGCUCGCGCCAGUAAGGUUGCAGAAAGUGUACGUGGCUACAUAGGAGAGGAGCCAAGCAUGCGCAGAAUGACCGGAAUUAACUGUAUACAUGAAUAGGACGUACACAGGAAUUUGUUUAUUCGGAAUCGACAUCGGAAUAAACCAGAAGAGCACAGACUUCUAGAGUUUCUUCGCAGAAUGUGCAGUAUUACAUUUCCCUGCAUAUUGUGGACCAACCUUCCAAAAAAGAAAAGAAAGCGCAUCGCAUCAAAGAGAGGAAGUAGGUUGUAGGUAUACAAUUGGUUGUUCUCCCGAGAAUAGUUUAAUACUCAGUCUGUAAAACAAAGGUUGUAUCUUUGUCCUGGCUUGCUCAGCUGCAAGGUUAUACUGUGUACCUUUGUUGUUGACAAGCUGAUAACAUGAGGAACGUAUUGUCUGUCAGCUGUUGCCAAUAAUAUGCUAGUACGAUGAAAUAUUUUUGAGAAUUUCUUGGCAACUUUUUGCUCUUUUCCCAACUCCCUUCCCCAAGUGUAUCCUCCCCAGCUAUCUUGUCCUGGAUGUUUGGGCUGUUUCUUCAUCUGGACGCCACACCCCUGCAGAUUCAGACGGAUUUAUGUGGAGUGAGUCAACCUACGAGCAAAAAUUUGAUCAGAAAUAUAAUUUCCUGACUUUUGGUUGUUGUUUAGUUCUCCAUGGCCAUGUUUUCAUAACUAUUUCUGCAACUGUUACUGACACAAAGCCCUCUCGACCUUGAAGACUUCCAGGAUCCAGGAAACAAAAUAGUCAAAUCUCGCUUGUCUGAUGGUAACCCCGUCAUUUAUUUACUUCAUCUCUCACUCCUACAUGUCACUCCCUCCCUCUCUCUCCCUAUUUCUCUCUUUAAGACCCUCCCUUUCUCCCUCCUCCGAUCCCGUUUCUCCCUCCCUCUCUUCUUAGUGCUAGUGCUCUGUAGGCCAGCACACAGUCAACAGGAGCACAGCAUAUAUCAGGUUUCUCCUACAGGAAUAUAAGAGUCAAACACCCCUUGGUAAAUUACUGGGGAUCAGAGCGGCGUGACUGUCCUUCUGUGUCCAGCUAAGAAAGUCGCCAUGCUGCGAUGAACUGCGCUGCGACCUCUUUCUGUGUGACUCAGUCUGUGGGUUUCUGUGAGUUUCAUCUCCAAUCUCUAAUUUGCCUGCCUCCUAUGAGUGUGCCAUUGUGUUCAGCUCCUUUGUCUCGUUUCCAGAUGCAUCAUGACAGAGCUCGUGCCAUGAGUCGAUGAAUCUAUACGCCAGCUUCCUUCUGCCAAGUCUUUCCUAAACAUGGCGUUAUGUGAGAAUAUGAGGAGCUGGAGGUGGCAGGGCAGCGCUGCAGCAUUCAGGGCCGUCGUGGGAGUGAUGCUGCUGCUGCUGGGUCUCAGCUCGGCCCGGUCCGUCCCUCCGCAGGCGGCGUGUUCGGGAGCUGCGACACCACAGAACCUCACCCAGCCUCAGUACAAAGAGGCAGUGAAGGAGGACACCGGCGUGGGCUUCAUGGCACCUGUGGUCCAGUCCUUCCUCCACACAGUCCAACCUAACCCCUUUCCUGCAGAUUUGAUCCUGAAACUAGUCCAGGAUUUUGAUCACACGCAACUAAAUCAAGAAUACAUCAAAGAAGCCCUGGUGUAUGAAGUGGGUUUCCUGGUGUGUGUAGCCAUCGGCAUCUUGUACAUCGUUCUGAUGCCCAUAGUUGGUUUCUUCCUGGCCUGCUGUCGCUGCUGUGGCAACUGUGGUGGGAAGAUGUACCAGAAGCAGACAUCCGCCAUUCACUGUCGCAGAAGAACCCUCUACUGGAGUGCAUUCGUCACCACAAUCAUUAUUCUCGCCGGGAACAUCUGCAUGUUCAUAAGUAAUGAAGCCCUCAAAGUGAGUGUGGACCAAAGCCCAAUGGAGCUCAGCAACACUGUAGACAACAUCCACACCUUCCUCACAUCUGUGCCUCAGCAAGUUGACAAUGUGGUGAAUGAGAGCUACAGAACUGUGGACGAGGUCACUAAAAACCUACAAGAAAUUGGACCUCUGAUGGGAACAGAGAUCCAAAAGCGAUUUAGAGGAACUCUGGACCCAGCGCUACAGUCAGUUAAACUUCUUGACCAAGAGACUGUACACACCAGUGCUCAGCUGAACAACCUGAACUCAUCCCUGGUCCAGCUGCAGUCCAGCCUGGACCGCAUCCAGGCCAAUGUCACAGCUGUUAAAAAUCGCAUCAAUCAGACUUUAUCCAAGCCAAAGUGUGGAAACUGUAGCAACCUGAGGCCGGAGCUGCAGAAAUUGACAGUGGACACGUCUAUUUCUUUUCCCAGUUUGAAUGAGUUUCAGUCUGCAGUGAAUGAAGUCAUCAAAGCUAAUCUUCAAUCCCAAAUCAAUGAGGCGGAGGACUACUUCCAAAGCAUCCCUCAACGGGUGACCAAUGAGACCAAAGAUGUAGUUCAAAGAAGCAAGCAACAGCUACAAGACAUAAAAAUGCAGAUCUCCCAGGUUUCCAGCAAAAUCUCUUUAUCUGAUUUGAACGACGUGACGGCGAGUCUGAACCAGCUGCAGACAGAAAUCGACAGAAACAUGCCUCAAGUUGAAAGAGUCGAGCAUAUCAGAUGGGGGGUGUGUGUGGCUCUGUGCUGCGUGGUUCUCCUGGUGGUCGUGUGUUACCUGCUGGGUCUCAUCCUGGGUCCUCUGGGUCUGACACCCAACUCUGAUCCCACAAAGCGCUCCUGUACAGCCGACUGUGGAGGCACCUUCCUCAUGAUGGGUGCCGGUUUGAGCUUCUUCUUCUCAUGGCUCUUCAUGAUAGCGGUGCUGGUGCUGUUCGUGCUGGGUGGAAACGUUUACACUCUUGUCUGUAAGCCCUGGAGCGACGGACAGCUGCUGAAGUUUCUUGACACUCCAGGUUUAAUUCCUGAGUUGGAUAUAAGUUCAACUUUGGGACUGAAAACCAAAGUCAACAUCUCUGACAUCUAUAGGGACUGUGAAGAAAACCAGCCUCUGUGGACAACACUCCACUUGUAUGAGAUAGUGGAUCUUGGAGAUCUGCUCAAUGUAUCUAAAUACACAGAGGAGAUCCAACAGCACUUUGAAAGCACUGAUAUCAUUCUGUCAUCAGUCACUCUUCUGAGCGCCGAAGUUAAAAACAAACUCAUCAGCAUCUCUACAAAGGCUAAAGAUUUUGAUACCACUGCUAUCACACAGCAGAUGAACGACAUUUCCAGCAUCAAUCUGAAUUCAACAGCAGAUAAACUGGAUGAGCUCGCUGGUCAUCAACGCGAUCCUGAAAUUCAAACAGAACUCCAGAAUGAGGCCAGGGACCUGAGACAGAUCCAGGCAGACAUAGAAACAACCGUCAUCCCACAACUUGGAAAGCUGAAUUCAACCAUCAAGAUUCUUCAGUCCACUGCAGAAAAGAUCAAUGGAACGGUGGGGGAGGUGCUGAGCAGUGUGGGGGCAGCACAAGACUUCCUCAACACAAAUACAACACAGAUCGUCAAGACCGAGAGCAGAACGUUUCUAGACUGUCAGCUGGAGUACUUCAUCGCUUAUGCUGACUGGGCCAACGUCACGAUCACACAGCAGGUGGGUCGUUGUGGGCCGGUGGCGGGAGCUGUGGACUCUGCUGAGAUCAUCCUCUGUGCCUACAUGGUGGAGUCUCUGAAUGCAUUCUGGUUCAGUCUGGGCUGGUGCAUGAUCUUCUUCAUCCCCGGCAUCAUCUUUUCCAUCAAACUAGCCAAGUACUACAGGAGAAUGAAGUACUCUGAUGUCCAUGAAAACCGCAUACUCAUGAACCACAUCCCACGGGCCCAGAUGAAAUUCACCUGAGAGGACGGCACAUGUGCGGUACAACUUCAAUAGACUGCAGGCACAAAUGCUGCUGCGCUUGACAAAGUAAAAACACAUGGCGCACGCCUGCACAGAUGUGGCACGUUGUCACUCCAGCAAAAAAAAAAAAAAUCUGACUGAAAAAAAAGGCGUUAGGAUUCAUACUUGAGUCUUUUUGAAAUUCUAAUUUUCACCAUUAGGUGGAGAAGCAAAGCCAUUUAAUAAAGGGACUGCAGUCUUUGAAUAGAAUAUAUUUCACACGUCACACACAGCAUCUUUGAAUAGACCUCAGGGGGACACAGGGCUUAAGGGAACCUGCAGGGAUUUUUUCCAUUGUUUGAGAUAAAUAUUUUAAAGAGUUUUAUGUCUUUUUUUUCAUAAAUGGUUUAUAUGCAUUUCAUGUGUGAACUGAGCUGCUGCAGAAUUCUCCUUAUUUCAAACUGUAAAUGUGACUUUAUUUUUUAGAAUCGAUCACAUUUACACAUGUGUAUAAAUGUUUGUGUGCAGUUCUCUCAGAAAUCGUGCCUCUAUCUACACAUCACUAUGGUUCGACAGCAUAAUUAUUUAACUAAAAUCCUAAUUACACUUGCACUAACAUAAAAGCACAACGUCCUGUAUGAAUGAUUCGAUGAAUACACUCUGUCACCGUAUCACUGCUGUUACUAUACGAUGCCACUAUUCAGUUUUUUUAUUUUUUUUAACCAUUUUGUUUAGCGAUAUCUUGCUGUAAAUAUUGAUUUCGACUGCUGUGAUUCAUGAUUUGAUACAGGUGGUUUUUGUACUUUGUUGGUACUCGGCAGCAGAUUGAGUUUUAUCCUUUGUACCACAGCACUUUAUAUGGUCUGUUUGCUCCGUGUGAUUGAAAGGUUGAGAACAUUUCUGCCAGCUGUUGUGAAAAUUACUGUGAGUAAAAAAAUUGCCACUGACCAACGGA